ACCCUCGUUCAAAAAUGAUUCGAACGUAGGUUGCACGUGAUUUAUCGAAUAUUUCUAUUGGCUGUUGGAUACCCCUCGCUGUCUGGCGACCCUAUCUGGAUACAUGGCAGAAAAAGUAAAAAAAAAUAUGCUUAUUGGUCGACUAUUGUUUAUAUCCCCAAUUUCAUUUCCCUCUUGUAUGAGCUUCUGACUCAUAACACAGUCGACGCCUAUUAUUUUUCAGAAUCAUUUAUUAUUUUGCUUUCCUUUGCGUCUGGUACGACAUGCUGCUUUCCCUUCCUCCUUUGGCUCCUUCCCUGCGCGCCCCCCCUCCCCCUAGAGUAUAGCAGCUAUCGUAUUUUCUCCAAAAGCCGGAAUUGUAUACUAUUAUGCAGAUUGGCAUCUCCUUAAUCUUGAUCUCUGUCCAUCUCUCAUACACAUAUUGCGUAUACUUAACACUAACUAUCCACAUAAACAGUGUUGACCGCUUAUUUUACGUUUGUUCAUUGGAACGUGAACUUCGGAUGCAGGGAUGUGGACACUGCAAAGUUUAUGGCCCCGGGGGGCACGUUUAUGUACAUGUACAACUAAAAGUUUGUAAAGCUACGUCACGUGUAUGCAGAACUAGCGGAGUUUGAUCAAAACUGACUGUGACAU